AUGGCCAACUUACGAGAGGAGAGCCGCCGAUUCCGUACACGUAUACCUGAACGACCAGUGAGCUUGAUGGUCACACCUCUAACUGACCUCGGGAUCAACCACGUCCGAGAAAUGCAGCGGAUGGGGAUUUCGGCCAUAGCGUUGGACUCUGGCUCACUCGCCGCUGUCCGACAAGCUGAAGGGAACGUCUUUCGGGACAUAUGGAAGGGAGUGUACCAGGUGGUCAUUGUAUCCCCGGAGCGCCUGACGACAAAAGCGAUGGACGAUGUUCUCCGAUCCAGGAGCUUUCGAAAACAUGCGGGUGCGUAUAUUGUCGACGAGGCGCAUGUGGUCGUGCCGUGGAGUGUUGACUUUCGGGAUGCAUACGGCGAUGUGACGAGGGCCCUUUCCCGCCUCCCGCCUCGCAUUCCCGUGCUCGCCAUGACUGCUACCCUGACAAAAGCACUGGAGGGGAAGUUGUUAACACAGCUCAACUUUCGAAGAGGGACUUACACUCGAAUCCGGCGCUCAACUGAGCGCACCAAUCUUAGCAUGAUCUUUCGGACUCUUUCCCAUGGCCUAGCGACUGCUGAAGCAUUCCCGCAGCUGGCAUGGAUCGUUGCACGAAAGCAGAAGAUAAUUGUAUACGCACACACCAUUGACCUAUGCUUCCGGAUUGCCCUCUACUUCUGGAGUCUCCUGCCCCUCGGUGAUGAACGUUAUCGAGUCGUUCGCAUGUACAACUCUGUCUUGCCUGCAGGCGUUAACGAGGCUACCCUCGAGUCCUAUGCUUCGGAUCCUGGUUCGUACAUCCUAGUGUCAACAAUCAAACUCAGUCUCGGGUAUGACUUACGAAACGUGGCUGGAGUUGUUAAUGUUGGGUGCCCGACCACUGCAGAAGCGCUGUACCAGCAAGGAGCACGAGCCGCGCGUGCACCUGGCACCAAAGGGUUUGUCAUGACUUUUGUGGAGCCAGGCCUUGUUCGUGCUUUCCAGAAGGGCACGUUGGAGAUG